AUGCCCAUUACAAGAACCUCUUUGACCUCAGUGAUACCCCAAUACAAGAACCUCUACGACCCUAGGGAUAACCAUUACAAGAACCUCUAUGACCCCAGUGAUGACCAUUGCAAGAACUUUUACAGUGCUAGUGAUGCUGAUCACAAGAACCUCUAUGACUCCAGUGAUGUCCAAUACAAGAGCCUCUAUGACCCCAAUUAUGUCCUUUACAAGAACCUCUACAACCGCAGUGAUGCCCAUUAUAAGAUCCUGUAUGACCCCAGUGAAACAAGAACCCGGUGCGGGUCCAUUGAGGGGCUGACGGAGGCGGAUGCUAUGCCGGAGCUGCCAGAUAAGAACAGUGGGAACGGGGCCUUAGGGGUGGUCAGGUCAGUGACGGACCCUCGCGAUGGCAAACGUGUCGCCCUCAAGAAGAUGCCAAAUGUCUUCCAGAACCUGGUGUCUUGCAAGCGGGUCUUCAGGGAACUGAAAAUGCUCUGCUUCUUCAAACACGACAAUGUCCUGUCCGCCCUGGAUAUCCUGCAGCCCCCUCAGAUCGACUGCUUCGAAGAGAUAUAUGUGAUCACCGAGCUGAUGCAGACCGACCUGCACAAGGUGAUCGUGUCCCCACAGCCGCUCAGCGCCGACCAUAUCAAGGUCUUCCUGUACCAGAUUCUGCGAGGGCUGAAGUACUUACACUCUGCUGGGAUCCUGCACAGGGACAUCAAGCCAGGAAACUUACUGGUCAACAGCAACUGUGUGCUCAAGAUCUGUGACUUUGGUCUGGCUCGGGUGGAGGAACUGGACGAGUCUCAGCACAUGACCCAGGAGGUGGUGACCCAGUACUACCGGGCCCCGGAGAUCCUUAUGGGAAGCCGGCAUUACCAAAACGCCAUCGACAUCUGGUCCGUGGGCUGUAUCUUUGCUGAGCUGCUAGGGAGGAGGAUCCUGUUCCAGGCCCAGAGCCCCAUCCAACAGCUGGACCUGAUCACAGACCUCCUGGGGACUCCGCCUCUCACUGCCAUGCGGUCCGCCUGCGAGGGAGCCAGAGCCCACAUACUACGCGGCCCCCACAAGCCGCCGUCUCUCUCUGUCCUGUAUAUGCUGUCUGGUGAAGCCACACACGAAGCCGUUCACCUCCUGUGCCGAAUGCUGCUGUUUGAUCCGGCCAAGAGGAUCUCGGCUAAGGAUGCCUUGGCCCACCCGUACCUGGAAGAAGGUCGUCUCCGUUACCACACAUGUAUGUGUCACUGCUGCUACUCCGUGUCGUCCGGCCGCGUCUACACCGCCGACUUCGAGCCCACGGCCUCCGACCGAUUCGAUGACUCGUACGAGAAGAGCCUCACUUCCGUCUGGCAGGUCAAAGAGCUGGUUCAUCGCUUCAUCACAGACCAACAACAGGGAAAACGGCCCCCGCUGUGUAUCAACCCCCACUCUGCCGCCUUCAAAACCUUCAUCAGGUCCACGGCAUGGCAUUCCUCAAAAGUUUCCAAGAAAGAAGAAAGAUGAGCAGAAUCCCGGCGAAUCUCCGGAUAUUGGGGAUGAAGUCUGAGAAUCGGCUGUUAUCCGUUCACGGCAUG